AAACACUUGCCUGUUUGGUACCAGACAGACCAUGAUGCCCUGAGGCAGCUCUCACCUUGGAGCUUCAGAUGAAUCGGUGGCAGAAGUCCGUGGAUGAGAUCCAAGCCCGGAGGCGCCAGGUGGCAGAGUGCGAGCGUGCCCAGGAGGCUCUGAGCAAGGUGACUGCCUGCUUCCAACAGUUAGCCAGCUCAGUGGGGAGCAACUCUGAUGGCAGCUUCCUGAGGGAGGAGAUGGAGGAAACCAGAGGACUGGUGUAUAGGAUUUGUGCAGGUCUACAUCGCAGACUGGUGUCCCUAAUGACAGAAAUGGAACGGAGCCAGGAGGACAGGGAGCAGGUGAACCGGCUUUGGGUCAUCUUCAUCUCAGGCCUGGAGAACAUCCAACAGGAUCUUCACAAGGCCAGUGACCUCAUAAACCUCUUCCCCCUGUCCCAGAAGAAAGACCGUCGGGCACUGGUCAACACAGGGGUGUCAGAUAGCGUUUCUGGCGUGGCUGCACUCGCAGCCUCCGUUCAGACGCCCUGGCUGACUGUGCAAGUGGAGCAGAGCCCCGACCUGAAAACACACAUCACUCAGGUGGACACUUUGCUCAAAGAGAUGCUGCAGAAAGUCAGUGUGCCAUUCUGGUCAGUGGAGUCCACACAGCAGGCCUGGGUAGAGUCUGGAUGUCAGGAGGACAGCCAUGACAAUCAUGGCACUCUGGAGGAGAUGAUGGAGGUGGAAUCACAAGACUCCAAGAUGUCUGCAUGUUGUCACCCACCAAACUGUAAACUCAGGUGCAUGUUCUGUCUACUACACUGACUACAGAUUACCAGAACAUUCAAAGCUAUUAGA